AUGGGGGUCCAAAGGACAACCACCUUCACCAAGAUCUUCGUCGGCGGCUUGCCCUACCACACGACCGACAAGUCGCUGCGCGAGCACUUCGAGGUGUACGGCGAGAUCGAGGAGGCCGUCGUCAUCACGGACCGGCAGUCCGGCAAGAGCCGCGGCUACGGCUUUGUAACGAUGGCGGACAAGGCAGCGGCGGAACGCGCGUGCAAGGACCCUAAUCCCAUCAUCGACGGGCGCAAGGCCAAUGUGAAUCUGGCUUACCUGGGCGCGAAGCCGCGCGGCAACCUACAGGCUGGUGAGUGGGGGCUCGCCCUCGCUUCUGCCGCCGGCGUCCGCUAUCCAGCAAUGUACGCGCUGCAGCCCGCGCCCGCUGCCAACGAGGCCGUAAUGGAGUGCAAGUCUGUCGAAGCCGGCGGGACAAACAAAUAA